CAAAUUCACCUGACUGAUCAAGAAGGCAACACUGUCAGUAAAAGCGAAUGGCGUAGCGUCCUACUUACUUUUAUUUUAAUUCAAAUUGUUGAGCUUCGUUUUAUCUGUAAUAUAAAUUUGGUAAUUUUUUGUAGUCCAAACAUUUUAAUAUGGAAGAAUUGAAACUAUAUCUUAAUGACAUCGUCUGCGUUACUUGCCUCGCAAGUGAUCGUGAAUUACAACACUUAAAAGACAUUCAACAAAUUCAAGAAUUAUUACCUGAUUUACAAUUGGAUAUCAACGAAAAUAGAAUAUGUUGGGAAUGCAGCACGACUAUGAGGAAGUUUGUCAAAUUCAGGCAAAAGGCGUCGGAGGCCCAGAAGAUGUUCACAAAAUUUCUGGAAGGGCAGUUGACUUCAAUCAAAUCAUUCUCCAAUCUAAAAUGGGAACAAAUGGUUGAUGGUGUGAAAAUAGUUAUGGAGGACCAGUCCAGCCGAAUUCAGAUUCAGAGUGACGAAAAUGACGAAUUGAUGAAAGAAACUGAAGAUUUUGAAAAUAAUUACAUCAACAACACAUUAUAUGAGGAGGUACAAUACAAAGAUGUUAUAGACGAUGAUAAUUAUUCAACAGAUGGCGGGUCUAUUAGGAAUCGUCUAAACAGUCAAACAGAACUGAGUUCACAGUGUGAAGACGACCCAAUGGAGUAUCAAGACGAAAAUGAUGAUGAUAUAUUACAGAAAUUACCAGUGAACUUUGAGAUUGAUGAUGAAGAAACAAAUAAAAUCAUAGAGAACACGUUAGAAGCGUUUCUGCAAGAUCUCAAGGUUAAGAAGGAGAACAAUUUAGUCGCAACAGCUGAAGUGAGCGAGUCAGAUCACGGGGUUAAUGAAAAUGAAGAUUCGUUUAUUGCUUUACAAUCUAACCACAAAGUAUUUGAUGUACCAAGGGGCAAGAUCUUGAACCCGUAUAAGAAUGUUUCCAGGAAGAAGAUAAGUAGGGAAGAGAUGGAAGAGAUGUUGGAUAGGGAGAGAGAGAACAAUUGUUACAAGAACGCCUAUUUCAAAUGCGAGAAAUGUGUGUACGGUUAUGAUAAUGUAAAUCAAUAUACUGAUCACUUGGAGAAACAUGAUGAGAAACAGGGACUGGAAUGUUGCACUAUAUGUGAACAGAGAUUUGCUGAUAGGAAAACAGCUAUGGAACAUUAUCAACACCAUUUCAUGGCGUUCCACUGCACCGUCUGCGGUUACACCAGCAGAUUUCUGCGGUUCCUCAAAGCGCAUCAGGAUAAGAACGAGUGCCGGUCCAAGAAGUAUCCAAUUUGGUUCUUUUGCGACGAAUGCGAUCAAAAGUUUGCCUUAGAAAGCCUCCUUGGCCACCACAAGAAGACUAUACAUCAAGUGAAGUAUACUUGUAAAUAUUGCACGAAGACUUUCGCUAAAGACAGCAACAGGAAGUUGCACGAGCAAUUGCACAAAGGCAUCCAAUGUGAUAUUUGUAAGAAGAGCUUUAUGAACAAGAAGAGUUUCCAACAUCAUUUGAAGAACGUGCACGACUUUACGGCAAAGAAAAUCCGUCAAUUGGAAAGUAUGCAUACAGAGGAAGAGGAGUAAAGAUUCGUAUAUUGAAGUCACGUGACACCAGCGGAUGAGAUAUAUGUAGGUUGCUAGCCCAUCGCCUUAAAAGAAGAAACCCAAGUUUGUAAGCCCAUCCCUUAGUCGCCUUUUACGACAUC